AUGAAACUGUUUGCCUUAUUAAGUCUGGUAGCCAUCGUGGCAGCUGCACCUCAGGCCGCACAGCGUCCGAAACAGAAUGCCGAAGAAGUUCAACUUCUACGCUUCGAUUCUGACAACGAUGGACUGGGAUCUUACAAUUUUGCUUUCGAGCAAAGCGAUGGCACUAAGAAGGAAGAACAGGGUGAACUAAGGAACGCUGGAACAGAUGAAGAAUUUGUAGCCAUGAAGGGAUCGUAUUCGUGGCUUGGACCUGACAACGUGUUGUAUACAAUUACCUAUACUGCCGACGAAAACGGUUUCAAUCCAACAAUCGAGCAAGGACCUGGAGGCGCAGUACCGCCGGGUGUUGUUGCUUCACUUCUUGGUUAA